AUGGUGAAGGCCAACGCAGGCGAGGAGAGCCCUCCAGCCCUGUAUGGGCCCAGCGCGCACUACGUCCCCCGGGACCCUCCAGGGGGCCUGGAAAAAUUAACAUACUUUCGUAGGCACAAGCACAAUGAUCUGAGAAGAAAUGUUCAGCCUACUGCCAGCAACAUGUUGGAAAUGAGCUGGAGCAGCGAGGCUGCAGCCAACACUCAGAAAUGGGCCAACACCUGCUCCAUGAACCACAGCCCUGACAGAUCCAGAGUGAUCACCUCUAGCGGCUGUGGAGAGAACCUGUACAUGUCCAGCUCCCAGGACCCCUGGAGCAACGCUAUCCAGGACUGGUACGACGAGGUGCAGAACUGGCGCUACGGAGUGGGAUCUAAUGGACGAGUGGUCGGACAUUACACACAGGUUGUUUGGUACAGGUCCAACAAGGUUGGCUGUGGUGUGGCGUACUGUCCCAACUCUCAGUACAAGUACUUCUACGUCUGCCAAUACUGCCCACCCCAACCCCUGUCCCUACGCUGAUAAGUACAGCAACUGUCCUGAUCUGAAGCAG